AUGGCCCAUCAGCCCUGGGUUGAGAAAUACCGCCCACGGAGCAUAGGAGAGGUGGCCCAUCAGGAGGAGGUGGUGCAGACGCUGCAACACGCCCUGUCGUCCGGCAACCUGCCCCACCUGCUCUUCUACGGCCCUCCCGGCACCGGCAAGACCACCAGCGCGCUGGCCAUCGUGCGCCAGCUGUUUGGCCCCGAGCUGUGCAAGGCGCGCGUGCUGGAGCUGAACGCAUCUGACGAGCGCGGCAUCGGCGUGGUGCGGGACAAGAUCAAGAACUUUGCGGCCAACAGCGUGGGGCAGGGCGUGGCGGGCUACCCCUGCCCGCCCUUCAAAGUCAUCAUCCUUGACGAGGCCGACUCGAUGACGGGGGACGCCCAGAAUGCGCUGCGCCGCACCAUGGAGACCUACAGCCGGGUCACGCGCUUUGUCUUCAUCUGCAACUACGUGUCUCGCAUCAUCGAGCCGCUGGCCUCGCGCUGCGCCAAGUUCCGCUUCAAGCCGCUGCAGGGGGACGUCAUCAACGAACGCAUCAACCACAUAUGCGCGGGUGCGGCUGGGGGUGGGUGCCGCCACAUCCUGGAUGUGUCGGGGUCGGUGCCGCCGUCUGCGGCGCAGGGCCUGCUGGCGGCGGCGCGCUCGCCGCAGUUUGCGCGCGUGCAGGCGGCGGUGACGGACCUGAUCGCCGACGGCUACCCGGCGCAGGAGAUCCUGCUGCAGCUGCAGGCGGCGCUGCUGCAGGAUGCAGGGGCGGCAGACUCGGCCAAGGGCAAGAUCCUGGUGCGGCUGAGCGAGGCGGACAAGAGCCUGGUUGACGGCAGCGACGAGUUCCUGCAGCUGCUGGGGGCGGCCUCGUACGCGCAGCGCGUGCUGGCCGGGCAGGCGUGA